UGUCACGGCACACUUUGAAGAGCACUGGAAGGUUGUAUUUGGAAAAAAGUGUGGUACAAUUCCCAAAUUUCCUAUUAUGGCACACUGAGGCAACAGUGAUGGCAGACUCGACUGCUUUGCCACUUCAACAACUGAUUGCUUCAUUUGACAACUCUUGUCUGCCAAAAAUUCUACAAGUUUGCUCUGGAGUGUAUUUCCAAGGGUCUAUAUAUGAACUUUCUGGGAGUGAAGUGAGCUUUUCUACUGGGGAUCUAAUAAAGGUUAUUAGCAUUGAGCUGCUGUCAGUUUGCUGCGAAGACAUCGGCAACAAUGAGACGUUUGAGCUGCCUAUCAACCACACAGGUUUGUUCAAGGUUGUUCCAGAUGAGAUGCCGUACGGUACCAUCGAGGAGCUGGUGAGCCUGAGGCCCGUGGGCCUGGAAUCCUGCCUGCCCUUCACGUUCACCAGCUGCUCCAAGAUCAGCGUUGGCGAUUUCACACUGGGGGCCGACAGAGCUUUGACGGUGCUCUCCAUUGAGCGGCAUGAGGGCCAGGAGGAUCAGGUGCGCUGCCACGUUCGAGGACAACAGGAAGCCUCCGCAGAAGUGUGUAUCCCAAUUUCUUCCAAAGGGGAGUUCAGAGAGUGCGAAAACGAGGAGCGCUUCACUCUGCACGAGAUCAUGUCCUCGCCCAGCCUGCGCAGUCGACAGUUUCGCUUCGUCAACACCACCAAAUGUGAACGGCGACUUGCCCUCAGCCCAAUAUACCAGGUCCACGCCAUGAUGAGCAUGAGGAAAAACAUCUUCAAGUUUCCGUCCAGCUUAGAGGUGGAUGUGGUCGAUGUCACCGAGAUGUGCAAUGAUGUGAAUUUUGUGACCCCGCUCAGUCUGACGGAGGUCCUUUCCCAGCCGGAGGAAUCCUUCCCGACAGUAGUAGAGAUAUUGGAGGGCCCAGAAACCCACUCUCUGUUCAGGUGCAGCUGGCUGCCAGAACUUAGCAAGAACAGCCACCUGGUUUUCCACAAGACAGGAACAUCUGCCAUGGUUUUAAUAUCCAGCUUGAAGAGCCGAAAGACACAGCAGUACUUCCUGGUAUCUCAGCAAUAUGGUGGACGAUUACGGAGGCGGCCAAGAGAGUUUAGUUCAGUGUACGAGCUGUACGUCGCUUCAAUCCAGGCACCAGGUCUGAAGGUGGGUGUAACAAGGAGCUAUGAGGGAGAUGAGGAGGAAGGCCUGCCUGCCCUCAGUGUGGGCGAACAGCUGGAGGUUGUUCGCUGCGAAACGAUGGAGUUGCCUUGUGAUAGCAGCCAGGGACAGCAGCAGGCCGUCGAGGCUCUUUUGUGUCAGCGUCUCCAAGAGCCAGAUGAUGAUGAUGAUGAUGAUGAUGAUGAUGAUGAUGAUGAUGAUGAAAAGGAGGUCAAGCAGGGGGAUGAGAGAGAGGAGAUCUUUCUGCCUCUGUACAUGCAGGGCCACUUUGUGGAGGUGAUCGCCGAUAACAAGAAGUACAGACUCAAAGACUUGGGUAAGCAGUUUAGUUUGCCACUGGAUGUGAAAGUGGUGAGCCGGGAUACUGAACUCGAGACUGAUCCCCUGUUUGGGUUUGCAUGUCUCAGAAUAGAGGAGGCCCUGUUAGAGCCCACCAUACAGGCAAGCUUUCUGCACAGGCCAGACCACUGUUUCGAGAUCCCGACCCAGUGGCUCUCCAUGUCCGUCUCUUUUACCAAGGACGCCCUGCCAUGGCCCAGCGGUCAGCCACCUAAGUGCCAUGUGGAUCGGGUUACUGAGGUGACAGACACGUUCCUUUAUGAAUUUCGCAAACAGGGGAACUCGGAUGCAACUCCUCCACCUCGACCACCAAAGCGAACUCCGUCAUCUUCGAAGUCAUCCAAAAAAUCCUUAAAGAAAACACCCAAGGCAGACAAGUCCAAGCAAGGACCGGACAAAAGAGUCCCAACCAAGGAGUUAGCCGAUUUGACUUUGGAUAGCAAAAGAAGGCCCCCAGCUCCUCCACCUCCAGCUAUCUUGGACAAUCAACCGCCGCCACUUGUACCCCGAAAGCACGCAUCAGCUCAAGGGACAACAAGCAAGGCUCUGCCAAACACUUAUGUGGAACUAGAGGAGUCGAAGAAAAAAGGAAAGCUGUGUGAAAUCGCAGCAGAUGUGGACAGCGACCAUGACUAUGAAACUGUGGAUGAGACCUUCGCAAUGGUAGUGAACAAAGCAAAAGAGAAUGUCUUAUAUUACUAAAGUUUUGCAAAACCGCAGCAGCAGAAUAUCUGAUAUGGGUGGCUGAAGUUAAGAAUGACGAAGGAGAAUGUCUUAUUGCAGCUUUUAAGCUCUCUUAUCUCGAAUAAUUGUAUUUUAUUGUACCAGUGUGGCAUAGACUUGUAUUGUGAGUCUUUAUAGUCAGACCAAGCAACAUGUCCAUGAAAUCCUAAAUAUUGUUUGCAUAAAAUACCAUUAUACUGUGUAAUUCUUAGCAGUUUUUUAGUCCAUCCUGGAGCAUCAGCAACACCUUCCAGUAUAAUAGUCAUAUCACAACACCACAAACAGCCUUGAAAAUGACCAGAGUUGAAUCAUUACCUUGUUGCCUCAGAGUAAUGCAUAUUUAUAAGCUUCCCAGAGUAUUACAUUUUGUUGUACAGGUAUUUAAUGAUGUAUGUGGAAACCUCCUAUAGUAUCAACGUAUAAAUACAAACUAUAAAGAGAAAAGGCUCAAACCAGUCUGGGAGGCACGAGUCAUGUGUAGCUUCUCACAUGCAUGGCCAUGUAACGGUAAUACAAUAGCAGAAGCGUUCCCAGUUGUGACAUCAAACUAAUGAUCUGAGAGUACAUAAAUGUGCCACACAGUAUCAAAUCCUACUUUUACUUAUUGUUUUGUGUUUUGAAAUGAUGGUUUUGACUCACUGCCAAAGAAAUAACAAAAGUACAAAUCAAGUUGAUGUACUCAUUUCUUUCAAGGUUGGAACCAUUUAUUUCAACACCAUACUGUAGAUUCAUUUGUCUGGAGUUUUAUUUUGUAUUUAAGAGAUGUAUCAUCACCAUUAAAGUGGCUUCAGAAUCAAUUCAGA